AUGAGCGAGAAUGAUAGACCAGACUCACAUAUAAACUAUAACGAUGCGAUAUCGUAUUGGACUGACACACCAGCUACUGUGGACGGGGUACUAGGUGGGUAUGGUGAACAAACUAUAGUCCCAACGAUGGAUGUACUAGGAUCAUCGCAUUUUUUACGUAAGUUAAAAUCUAGAAUGAUCCCUGCUGAAGGAUGCAAAAAGAUCGGUGCUGAUAUAGGUGCUGGGAUAGGUAGAGUGACGAAGACCAUGCUUUCUAAAUACUGUGAUGUCGUUGAUUUAGUCGAACCUGUCAAACCAUUUUGCGAUCAAAUGAAAGUAGAAUUGAAAGAUCUGAGUGAAGAAGGGAAAGUAGGUAAAAUUUUCGAACUAGGUAUGCAAGAAUGGGAUCCCGAAAAGGGAAAAUACUGGUUAAUCUGGUGUCAAUGGUGUGUAGGCCAUCUUCCAGAUGAAGAAUUAAUCAAAUUUUUUGUCAGAUGUAGUGAGGCCCUUCAACCAAAUGGUACUAUUAUCGUGAAAGAGAACAACACUCCAGCAGACAAGGACGAUUUUGACCCUACAGAUUCCAGUGUCACAAGAUCUGACAACAAGUUCAAAGAAUUGUUUGAAAAAAGUGGGUUGAAACUCAUCGCCACGGAAAGACAGAAGGGUCUCCCAAAAGAGCUCUAUCCAGUAAGAAUGUAUGCUUUGAAGCCUGUAGACAACAAAUAA